AUAUACUACAUUAUAUUCUCAAGAUCUGAAUCCAGUGCUUGGACAGGAUUGUGUGAGGAGGUCAGUCAGUAGAUGGCGGCUUUAAGUCAGUAUGUCAACCAAAUACUCAUCCAUGGAACUACAACCUUCCAGGAUCUACAUGGACUGUCCCCAAAUCUUUGCUGCUGAUGUGACCUCAAGAGAGUGCUCAAAGUCUCGUCUUGUCAACAGUGUGGUUCAUGCAGCAUGCAUCAUAAUGAAGGGCAGGGGCAGACAACUGUGGAUGUUAAUGUGUGUGAUUUGUGUCGUGUUGUGCUUCAGUGCCUAUAGCAAUAGUGUGGUAUGGAGGUCAAUGGGGGCAAGUAGACUCUCUUCAAAUGAAGAGCUGUCCGUUGCUGGGGCUCGAAAACUCCUCGAGGAGGAGGAAUGGGGAACAGAAAAGCUCCAUCCCCCGGGAACAGAAAAGAGACUUCCUCACUCUAUUAUAUUUGGAGUUCGUAAAUGUGGCACACGAGCCAUGCUGGAGUUUUUGGGACUUCACCCACAAAUAAGGCCGGCCGAUCAUGAGGUACACUACUUUGAUGAUGACAUGAACUAUGAUCUUGGUAUAGAUUGGUACAGAAAUCAAAUGCCUUACUCCUUCCCCGAUCAAGUCACCAUUGAGAAAAGUCCACGCUAUUUCAUCACAGAAAAAGUUCCAGAAAGAAUCUCCAAUAUGAAUAAUUCAAUCAAGCUUAUUGUACUUCUUAGAAAUCCAACUGUUCGAGUGAUAUCUGACUACACACAAGUGUAUUACAACAAAAAGGCUAAGGGGAAAGUUCAUGACAAACUGGAGAACCUAGCUAUUGAGCCUUCUACUGGGGAGGUAAAUACACGCUACAAGGCUGUACGUAUCAGUAUUUAUCACCAACACUUUGAGCGGUGGCUGAAGGUAUUUCGCCCUGACCAGUUCCACAUAGUGGAUGGGGAUAACCUCAUUGUUCGUCCUUGGGAGGAAAUUUCUCUUGUAGAGGAAUUUCUUGGAUUGCCGCACAAGAUCACGCGAGAACAUUUUUAUUAUAACUCAACGCGUGGAUUUUAUUGCAUGAAAUUAGGACAUGAAAAGUGUUUAGGUGCUACAAAGGGGAGGCGGCACCCCUUCACUGACCCAGUGGCUGUGGAGAAAUUACGUACUUUCUUUAAGCCGCACAAUCAGUUGUUAUUUCAAAUGAUUAACAGGACAUUCAACUGGAAGUGAGGGAGAGGUUUGUAAACCUUCAAAAAAGGCAGCUCAAAAAUAUCUAUUCUCUUCAAAAUGUGCCAAUUUUUCCUAAAUAAUAUUUCAAUUUCAUAAAACUUAUUUAUUUUUCAUUCCCAAGACAAAUUAUUUUUCAUAAAUUCAUCAUAACGAUGAGAUAGAAUGUAUGUAUGUAGUGUGUUUUAUAGAGACAGUGUGAUAAUGGGCCAAGUGUGAUAUACUGUUCACAUAGAUGAAAUGUUAUGCAGUCUGGCAUGAUAAUCACCUUUAAUCAAUAUAAAAUUACUAAAUACUAGUCUUGUAUAAUCAUAUGAUACCACUUCAAAGACAUUUAGUGACAGACCAGUGUACAGAUGUGAGGUUUUCGUUUGUACCUCAGUCAGCUGUAGGGAUGCUAACCAUGGCAGUGUAACUACCAAUCCAAGAAAAAUCACAUGAAGGAAAACAUGUAUCCAUGAUAUGAUAUUUCUGCCAGAUGUAUUUGUAAAAUUAAAAUACUUCUGUGGUAUUAAAACAAAGACGCAUAUGUGCAUUGACUUCAUACGGGAUAAAUUGUGCUUCUUGACUUUAGUUUUAAGCAGCGUGAGAUUAAAAAGUUGUACUGUUUAAUAGAGAUAAAGCUAACAGCUGAAUACCAGUUUCUCCUUUGUAUUGUUAGUAUGACACUGAUGACAUGUAGAAGGACGAUAUGAUAUCACAAACACUACAUAUUUACUUCAUUAUAACGGUACAGAAGUAAAAUUAUAUUGCAUCUAAAAAAAAAUUCAAUUUUACUUUAUUGGGCACUUCAUAAUGUUGGUCCGAAAACCAGAGCUUGGGUCCCUCUAAUUUCAUGUGUUUUAUAAUAUAUUGAGCUGGUGUCCCUCAAGUUCUGUUUAUAGCUGUGGUAUAUUGCAUUGUGCUACAAGCAUCAUCUGACAAAAGUCCUACAUGCUUCAAGGUCACUGUAUGUCUAACUCUUUCUGUGGUUAAUAUUUCACAAAUGUCAUAAUUUUUUUUUAUACCUUUCUAACUUUUUUCCGAGGAAACAAACAACUCUAUGUUUUUACUAAUGUAGAAUUUGAUUAACUAUGUCUGUAUCUGAUCUGAUCGAUGAAUUAGUUCUGUUGUAGGAUUUCUUUUCGUCUUUUUUCAAUACUGCCUUCCAAACCAUUUAAGGUAGUUUCCUACGAAACAAUAAAAUCACUUGAAAUAUAUAGACAGUCAUCAUCCAUAAUGUUUCGUGACAAACCUAUGUGUGGCGAUACAUUACUUCUCUCACACAAAAAUAAAACUGAAAAACAAGAGAGAAUUUUGUCACUUAAAGAAAUGAUUCAUUUUACAUUCCCUUUUUGGCAAUAAUAGAAAUAUUAAGUCAGGUGCAUUUGAAAAUGAAUUGAAAAAUCAUUUUCUUUAGAGUUAGAAAGAAACAAAUCCCAGUAGCUAUCGGAAAUUGUUCUGUCUUUGACAUAUAACAAAUGGAAAAUUUUAUCCUGUUUUUCUAAGUAAUGGGAAUUAGGUUGUGAAGUAACGGUUUGAUAAGAAACAUUCUGCCACUGAUUAAUCUCAAAUCUGUGAUAGUUCAUUCAACAUCUUACAAGGUGUGUGUUAGAGUUUUUAUAUGGAAAAGAAAUUUUGCUGUCAACUAUUUGGCAGUUGUUGAAAUAUACAAGCCAUUUGUACAAGAAACGGCAGCUGUGUACAGUAAUUCAGAUCUAGGUGUCUUAACAGGCCAGGGAAUUAAUAUCUCACACACAGAUCAUUUCAGUACCUUUCUAGAAUAGCUUUUAUAAGUAAAACAAACGGUAUGAUUGUGAAAAACUGACUCUGUUAAACAAACAAGUGCUUCUAUAACAAUGAUAUUUCUUCUUGUUACUUGUCUGACACACAAUUUUCCAUUUUUCAAGAGUUAGAAUGUCAUUAUAACGGAAAGCAAAUUUCUUUUAAAGGAAUAUAAAACUAAAUUUUUUUUUCAAUUUAACAUCCGUUGCACUUUUUGUUUUCGAAAGUAACUGCAUGUUGUUUGUUAUUUUGAGAUACAAACUCCUGAUUUCAUCUGAAAUUUCCGUGUAAUUCAUUGAUUGAUUGAUGAUCUUGAUCACACGGAGAUAUAUAUUACAUACUUCUUAGAUAUAUCUGUGUUGUCAGGGAACAUACUGAUGCACAAGAUAUAUUCUCACUGAGUUUGAAUUCUGCUACUGUAGGGAUUCGGAGGCUGUGUUAGAUGUGUAACCAAGCAUCAAUCAGCCUGGGAGAUAUGAUCUGCUAUGUGUUCAACAAGAUAUGUUGUCUGGGUUUAUUGUUACUGAAACCAUUAUCUAAUAGAAUAACCCCAUUAUGCUUCUGCGAUAUUUUUUAUACCAUUAACUUAUUGGCUGUUAUUUGGGUCAGAUUAUUUUUGCAGCGUUAACCCUUAUCUAUACAUUAUAAUUGUCUGGCAAAUAGGGAUUUGUCAAGCGUAUUGAAUUUCCUUGUUUACAAGUUAGACAGACAAUCAUGCCAGAUAAAAGAAUUACAAAAUACCUGUGUAUGGUUGAAAUACUAAUUAUUGUCCAUCGGGAGAGAGAGUUCGUUAGGUUUUUACAAACAUUGUCCAUCACUAUUAUGUUGUGGUAAUUACAUUAGCAGAUUUUAGCAGGUGCUUUCACAAGGAAAUGGAUAGGUGCCAUCUAAUAAAGGAAAUGUUAAAUUGAUCACCAAUGAUUCUGGUGGAGCUAAGAAAUGGAUAUCUUGUGAAAAACGAAAAAUGUAUUUCUGUUUUGAUUCAUGUCUUUGAACUAAAAGCUUGUGUCAUUGCUAUAUGGGCUAUCAAAUUAUAAACAGACACUGCAAGUUUACAGGAAAAAUCUAUCAAAACUGACUACGGUUCCUCCAUCUUUAUCACAAAAUUGUUUUCAAAUAACCUCAAUUUGACUUUUUCAGGAAGUAACACCCAGGCCUCUAUUUCUCCGCGUAGAAGUACUGCAAUACAUAUUACCUAAGUAUGACAGGUUUUUUAAAAGUCAUUUCCAGGUCUAGUUUUAUUGUAUGUAACUAUUAUUUUAUAUUCUAUGAGAAAAAAAAAAGAAAAAUAAUAAAUCUAGAUAGACAUUUGGACAGGUGAGAAUGUCUUCACAACUGCUAAGGUCAUUUGGUAACAGAGGCAGGAAGGACAAUCUGCGAGUCAGGUAUUGGUGUACCAUAUAUCAUGUCAAUACAGGUUUGUCAAUAAUAUGGUGAAAGUGAGAAUGUUCCUUUGUCAUUGUCUGUUAAAGAUAACUAGACUACUCCUGGUGCUUCUCUCUUCAUCACACUUAACUGUCACCAACCUGGACCCUCAAUUCAUCGCCCAUAACUUGCGUGUUAUUUAGGAACCAAAUCAAAUGUCACAACUUCUUGGAUGUAUGGUCACGCUUUGUCAGAAAUCUGACAGAGAACGUUCAUUACAAACCUACUAAUGUCAUGGUUUUGGUAAAAGAUAAUAUGCCACGACCUGAUAAUCUCAUUUAUUGCUCAGUGUUUCCAAGCAGCUGCAGAAAAAGGCAAACAAUAACACUAUAUCAGCUACUGUAAAUGUUCUUAAAAAGUUUUUAAACACUGAGCCAAGUAAAUUUUUUUAUAGAAACAAACUCUUAAAACAAGAAGGAAGACAGAGAAUAGAACGAAAACAAAAUAAACACCGUUCAGAGAUUUUUUUUCUAAGACUGUAUACAUAUAUCUUUUCACAAACAGUUGAGUAGAUGAGUUUUGUUAUUAUACACAUGAAUGUAGUAUUGAUGUUAGAAAAAAUUGGGAAUGUCUACCACACCAGAUUCCCAAUUUCUGACCAUGUUGACUUUACGCCCUAACAACCGAAUCUGUUUUAAACAUUUGUUGGUCGUUCCACAUAAUGAUCUUUUCUGGUGUUUUGUUUCGACAGGAGCAUCAGGUUUUUCAGUCUGUUGUUUUGAAAAGUCAUCACAAUGCAAUGGUUCUUGUAAAAAAAACGUUUGUGUAUCACGUCUUACUUUUGCUGGGUUUAUUUCAAAGGGGUAGUUUACUUGUGAUAUGCUGAGAGUAGGCUGGGUGUGUGUACUUUUUCAGGGUUUUUAAGAAGAUGUGUAUUUUAACAUUGAUAAUUUCUAUAACGUUUCUAUUAGACUUCACAUCUGACUUACAUAAAAGUGUACCUUAGAAUAAAUAUUGAAGAACGUCAAAGGUUGGACAGGGAGAUAAAAAGUAUUCAAACAUGCACUGACGUUAAGAUUUUGUUUCGAGAUUUAUGAGCUUUCUGUCUGUUGAUUUCACCUGAGGGGACAUAUGUAUAUCGAUGCAUUACUACAGCAGUUAUUGCCAUCUAGAUUAAUACAUAGAUACCAUGUGUUUUCAUAUCAGGACAUGCUCAAAUUGUUUUAACCUUGAUUGCUAUCUAGUGACACACUUAACAUAGGGUCUCACAGAUCAGUCAAAUUCUUACUCGUCAGUUUCGUCUCCAAAAUCAAAAAUGAUUUGGAAAGAUAAAUUAUUACUGAUGUAUUUUUGGCAGGAUGAAUCUGUUGGUUAUCAGUUAUCAAUAGACUCCAGCGUUCUUGAUAGAUCCUGCAUAAUUAGUGAUAUAUGAAUUAACUUUUUUGCAAUGUUUUCGCUAUCAAUUAUUGACUGUUAAUGCCAUUGCUAAGAAUGACAGCUGAUGGGACACACCCCUGGCGUUAGAUACCGCAUGUACGUCAAAUUAUCGUUAUCAUGAUGACGAAUGUGACACAGAACAAAUUUAUCUUUCGGUGGUACAUAACAUCCUUAUCACUACAAACUUCAACAACAAUUUCCUUUUUGUAAUUCCUUUAUUUGUUUUUUCUCCAUUUCCGUAUUUUUAAAACAGUUUAACAGAAUCUAUCAUUGAAAUUUGUACAAUUUUUUUGGCACUGAUGACUGUUCUCUUCCUGUAUCAGCUGUAUGUCUUCAUUAAAUAGUCGCUUAGAGAUUCUCUGUAUUGGCAUUGAAGUAAUCAGGUUCGUUUUAGAGUCUGAAAUCUCAUUAAACAGGAUAAUGUUUAUGUAUAAUGUACCAUAGCAAAAAGAGUGUUGCCCUACCCAUUUAAUGAAAUGUGCCGACAAUUAGAAUGAAAAAAUUCCUUCCUUUCAUUUCUGAAUAUCCAGGCGAAGUUUUAUUGAAAACUUGAUUUUUUAUACUGAAUGUUCAUGCUGUAAUGAAUUCCUACAGAAAAAAUACCAGAACGUUAAGAGAUCACUGAUUGUCCAGUCAGUGUCCAGUUUUUAUGUGGCUUUAGAUUGAUUGUUAUUGUCCUGAAUAAAGAACAUAUCUUGCUAAUUGUAAAUGUAUGUUGAUUCUAUCCCAGUUCUAUCACAGAAGUAUGAACAAGGGUUUGUGAGCGUUCUGAGAGUUUGAAGUGCUAGAUUGUACUGCUGAGAUAUAUAUGUAAGUGCUGUGUAUGUAUGAAGCUGUCUCCUAUUGAACUUGUUCAUUGUUACAUGUAUACGAAAUAUACAACGUCCAUCAUGCGGAUGUCAUUCAACUGCAAUAAAUUACUGAAAUCAG